AUAAACAGCUCUCUAUUUUUGUUUUUUAAAUUGAAUCCCUUAGCGUUUAAACACCACUUCGCCUUUACGUCUGCGCUGUGAUUGGUCUAUCAACGGACUAAAGAUGAUUGAGCACCGACGCAGCCAAUCAGAACAAAGUAUUGUCGUUACGUCGAAAUAAAAAGGCGCUUAAUUGUGAUCACUUCCGUAUUGGCGGCAUGGAAACGUUAUGGCGUAUAAAAAAAAAUAAUCAAGGGGAUUUUUGUGAGUAAUUUACCUGAGUAAGGCAUGAAGGCGCUUCCACCAGACACCGUGCGACUGCUGUCCAGCUCGCAGGUCAUCACGUCUGUCGUUAACGUCGUCAAGGAGCUGAUCGAGAACUCGCUUGAUGCUGGAGCCUCAAGCCUAGAAAUCAAAUUGGAGAAUUAUGGUUUGGAUCGUAUCGAGGUGCGAGACAACGGCUCUGGAAUCAAGGCUGCUGACGCUCCCGUGAUGGCGGUGAAACAUUACACGUCUAAAAUCUCCCGCCAUGAAGAUCUGGAGCAUCUCGAGACGUACGGCUUUAGAGGAGAAGCUCUCGGAUCCAUAUGCGCCGUUUCUGAGGUCGUUAUCACCACCAAAACUGCCGACGAUGAUGUCAGCACUCAGUACACACUCGACUUCAAGGGGUGUGUGGUCUCGCAGAGGCCCUCGCACCUCGGCCAAGGAACCACUGUGUGUGUGCUGAAACUGUUCAAGAACCUCCCAGUCAGGAGACAGUAUUAUUCCACCAGCAAGAAGUGCAAAGACGAGCUGAAGAAGGUGCAAGAUCUGCUCAUGACUUAUGCCAUCAUCAAGCCUGAGCUGAGGAUCGUGUUCACACACAAUAAGGCUGUGGUGUGGCAGAAGUCCAAGGUAUCGGAUCACGGCGCGGCUCUCAUGGCCGUGCUCGGAUCCUCCACCGCCGGGAACCUGUUACUCGUCCGACAUCGCCACGAGCAAGAAGAGAUUAGCAUCGAGGGAUACUUUCCUAAGCCGAACUCCGAUCUCAACGUGACGAGUUCCAGUACCUCAGACAAGACUUUUAUUUACGUGAACAAUCGGCCUGUCAAUCACAGAGAUAUUCUGAAGCUCGUGAAGCAGUACUAUGCAAAUUCAGCUCAUUCGAAUAACGAGUCGGCCAGCCGCCGCUUCCCUAUCCUGAUGCUGAACGUCAUCGUCCCUGCCUCGAGUGUGGAUGUUAAUCUGACGCCUGACAAAUUGCAAGUGAUGCUACAGAACAAGGAUGCUGUGCUUUUAGCAGUAGAAUCAUUACUGAUCUCGUUGUAUGGUUCUUAUUCUGUCGGGAAUGACGACCAAUCGACGGCAGAACAGUCUCAUCGUGUGGUGGAAAUUAGGAAGGAACCCAGUGAAGUGCCUGAAAAAGGUGCACCACAGCCUAGCGUGGUUGCUCCACCUGUGGUGCCAGACAAUUCCACCACAAACACCAAAGAAAAGGACAGCGAGGCGUCCUUGCCAGGUACUGCUAACACAAGCUCGUCUUCCUCAUCGGAGGACUGGAUAAUCAACACGAGCUUGAGCGAUUCGUCGUUUGCUGAGAACGUCGUGUUGAAUUCUACAGUUGACGCAGAUGACAAACAUGAGAGCGGUCUUGUGCAAGUGGACACAGAGAUCUCGGCAGAGAGUUGGGCCACGGGUAAGGCUUUCACAGAUCCCACCACUGGAGAAUGCCUCGAACCUGUGAAGCUCCAUCAACCUGAUGCUCAAAAAGAUGGUGACCUUGCACCGGAAACCAAAACUAAAAGUAGCAGCCCAUGCACAAGACCCACAAAUGUCAUUGUGGAGAAAAUGGCCAAAUUAACGGCCUACGACCUGAUCAGCAGCCGCUCCGUGCGUCAGCCGCUUUCCGCCUUCGCGCUGUUUGAGCAGGACACCAGAUCAUCUGUCCUGCUGGAGAAGCCACGAGCCAGUCUGCAGGAUGUCACUGCUGCUGUAAAAGAGAGAUGGGAAAGCCUCGGGGAGGAAGAAAGAAAGAAGUAUGAGGAAAAGGCCCAAAAGUCUUUGGAGUCCUACAGCGAGCAGAAGAAGCGCGCGUCGGCCGGCGUCACUCCUGACCAUCAGCAUCAGAAAGCCGAUUACUUUCUGAACAGACCCCAGGGAGUGAAACGCAAAGCCCCUGAGUCCAAUCAGCAGACCCUGGACAAACUCUUCACCUCUCAGCCCGAGAGCAAGAAGAAACCGACCAAGGUGUCCAAGCCUCUCGAGUUCAGCAUGACUGCCCUCAGGCGUGCACUUCAGCCCGAGCAUCGCUCCCGCUCGAGUGAGCAGGGCCUCCGGCUUGUAAACCGCUUGCCUUCUCACUGCGCCUGGGUCGUUUUAUGCGGCAGAAAGCUCAUGUUGUUAAAUCCAUUUAGAGUGGAGGAAGCCCUGCUGUUUAAGAGACUUCUGGAGAAUAAUAUUCUUCCAGCAGCGAGCCUACAGCCCCCUAUACAGCUAACAGAUGGUGUUCUUGGUGGUCCUGAAUACAUGGAUGUCCUUAUGAAUAUGGAGAAAGGCAGUCCGUCUUUAACCGGUGAAGUCGUCUUUACUGACGCCAGGCUGGUGGCCAAUGGAUUUCAGAUCAGACUUACUCCAGGUUCCUCGUCCGUGGGGACGGGUGUUGAAGUGACGGCUAUGGCCGACUGCAUGCCUUUCUACGGCAUAGCUGACCUGAGGGAGAUCCUAACGGCCGUGAAGGACAGGAAUGCCCAGACGGUUCAGCAGUGCAGACCUCUCAAAGUCACAAACUACCUAGAGGGGGAAGCUGUGCGGAUGACCAGACAGUUACCUCUGAACAUGUCCAGAGACGACGUCACGAACAUACUGUCUCGGAUGACGCAAGAGUUCGGAGGGAAGCGCGAAGUCUGUCUUCACGGACGGCCAUUUUUUCACCACCUCACUGAUGUUCCCGAAACAGACCAGGAAGCUCUUGACAUCUUGUCUAGCAUGUGCUGAGUAUUUCAGUAAUUUUCCAAUCAAAUGUUAGACUCAAGUCGCAGCGGGCUGAUCUCUGAAUGAAUUCAAUAUAAAUGCAUAUGGGUUUGUUUUCUUUUCUUCAGUAUCAUGUUCUGUAAUACUUUUUUUUUUAUUGUUACUAAUGAUACUGUCAAUGUGGUAUUAAAUAAUUAAAAUGUAUGUUAAUAAAAACAAAUCAACUGC